AUGUCCGACACUGUCCCUGCCCUUCGCAAAGUCUUGACUUCAGAGUCAGAGCCCCUAGCUCGCCGCUUCCGCGCUCUGUUCUCCCUCAAGCACCUGGCCUGCCUGCAGCCUCCAACCGAACAGAGCCUCCCCGCCAUCGAGGCGAUCGCCGCGGGCUUCGCGUCACCUUCCGCCCUGCUCAAGCACGAACUGGCUUACUGCCUGGGCCAGACCAAGAACAUCGAAUCUGUCCCAUACCUCAAGCAUGUGGUGAAUGACACAGAGGAGGAUGCGAUGUGCCGCCAUGAGGCCGCCGAGGCCCUGGGCGCUCUAGGCUACGAAGACAGCCUGGACUUGCUCAAGCGCCUGAGAGAUGAUGCCAAGGAACUGGACAUUAUCCGGGAGACAUGCGACAUCGCGGUCGACCGCAUUAUCUGGGAAAACUCCGAGGCCAAGAAGGCGGAACAAUUGAAGCCUAGUGACUUUGGCUCUAUCGACCCUGCUCCUCCCAUGCCUCUGCAAUCCAGCGAACCCUGUAUCCCCGACCUGGAGCAGACACUCCUCGACACUAAGCUCCCUCUGUUCCAAAGAUACCGUGCGAUGUUCGGCCUUCGUGACCUCGCCUCGCCUCCAGACCUUCCCACGGCGGUUGAUGCCGUGAAUGCAUUGGCCAAGGGUCUCAAGGAUCCUUCUGCGCUCUUCCGCCACGAGGUCGCCUUUGUGUUCGGCCAGCUCUGCCACCCCGCUUCGAUCCCCAGUCUCACAGCAUCACUGAGUGAUCUUUCCGAGGCUGGCAUGGUCCGUCACGAAGCGGCGGAGGCUCUGGGCAGUCUGGGUGACGAGGAGGGCGUUGAAGAGACACUGAAGAAGUUCUUGAAUGACCCCGAUGAGGUGGUCCGCGACAGUGUCAUUGUUGCGCUUGACAUGGCCGAAUUCGAGAAGAACGGCGAGACACAGUAUGCGUUGAUUCCAGACAGUGCUGCCCCCGUUGCUGCCGCAUGA